UCACAAACCAGCCGUAGCGCCACUUAAUCUAUCCAUGUUUCGCCAAACAUAAGCAUCAGUUCCAAAAGAAGCCGAUGUCUGACGUCAAUUUGUGUAAUGUUUGUGCUUGAUACUUUAAUUCUCGUUAUAAAACCACCGGAUGUUGAUAUAAAAUUCACAAAUGAUGUGAGUUGGAGUUGACAUUAUACUACUCCAUGAUUUCACGUUUUUGCCUCUUGUUCUUGUAUUUCUAUUGGAUGAACACGUAUUACCCACGCAAAGCACUGACUGUUUGAUCUACCAAAGGGCUGCUGACAGGAAAAAGUGAAAUCGAUUUAUGGAGUCUGAGAGAAAUGUCGAUGUAGGGGACACACUGUGUUAGUAUAGAAGAGAGGAAUUCACCAGGGUGGCUCUUGGAGUUUAACAAUAUACCUGAAAUUUUAAAGAGGAUGCUGUAAGUAAGAUGGAAGAAAAACUUUUACAAGAUCCCCAGACGCCCAGUGAAACUGACGGUGGACACAGUUCGUGCUCACGCCGUGACGUCAUUCUUGACGUAUCCGAGUACCGCCAUCUUGCUGGACAAGAUGCAUCGGUCAACCUUAAUGGAGGACACAAUUGCAACUACCACAGUUCACCGAAUGUGGAAUCUCAUCAUGACAAGAGACCAUUUCCUCCCCUAUCGGCGGAUAGCAGUCCAUGCUUGUUUGCUCUUUCGAUUUUUUCCGUCGUUUGUUUUUGCCCUAUAGGAAUUUUUGCCGUUGUAACAGCCAGUAAGUUACUAAAGGCCAGAAAAGAGGGAAAUGAAUCCAGUGUAGAAACUCUGACCGUCCGCACGAGGGCGCUAGUGUCUCUAUCCCUGGGGGUGGGGAUCGUCACUAUUGUCUUCUGUCUUAUCAUAUACUUUGUGAACAUUUUCGGGAUCAGAACUUACUUUACGUGAAAACCAUUUUGUUAUACAAUGGUACAUAUUGAAUGGAUGUUACUAUGUGUAAAAACAUUGACAUAGUGGAAUGGAUGAUAUACGAGUUAAGGUAGUUAUGUUGGCAUAAUGAUUUGAAAAUGUGUAAAUACAAAUGUACGUGUUUUGUGAAUGAUCUCUACUGCUUUGAUGUCACAAAUCUACAUUGUAAAUAUCAUUAAUAAAAUUUCUGCAACACUCCUACUCGCCGUAUUA